CGCCUUAAAGGAGGAAGUGUAACCAAUGGAAAAAUAAACAAAAGGCAAUAUGAAAGAGGGCGUUCCAGAAAUAGAGAAGCUCUCAAGUCCAAGAGAAGUAGCAGAAAAAAACAAAUAUAAAGCAGAACAAGAACAAGAGCAAAAAGGAACAAAAGGCAAUAUGGAAGAGGGCGUUCCAGAAGUAGAAAAGCUCUCAAGUCCAAGAGAAGUAGCAGAAAAAAACAAAGAUAAAACAGAACAAGAACAAGAGCAAAAAGGAGAGGAAACGAAGGGAGCUAAUGGUGGGAUUUUGAACAAUCUGAUAUCCAACUUUAUCGAUGCAGCAACAACAACAACAACAGUAGACGACAAAUCUGGUGAAAAUAUGGAGAAAUCUGAAGUUAAAGAUGAAGAUGAGAAGACGAGACAGAGUUCAGGUGCUGGAAUCUUAGAAAAGAUUAUCUCUCAUCUUCCAGCUGAAGAUGAAGUUCCAACGACAGAGGAGGCAACCAUGCUGAUCCACUCUGUGAUUGACUGAAGAGAGACUUCAACCACAAUAUAAUUUAUUUCCAUCGUUUUUAUUGUUGUGAGUUGUGAUUUUGUUUUUUUCUUCUUUGUUUCUGUUUUUAAUUAUUUGUAAAUUUGAAAUUUUGUCCAUACAUUAAUCGUCUUGUGUUUGAAUAUUUUC